GUGAAUUGAAUCAUAAAAUAAAUACGUAAAAUUAAAUCUAAAAAAGCGAUGAUACGCAGAAUCGAUUGAGAAUCAUAGUUCAGAUGAGAAACAUGGCGGCUUGCAUUUCUUUAACAUCAAAGUAGGUGCAGUCGUAAAUGAAACUAAAAGUAAUCAUAGAAUUCUUGUCAGGAAUGAGCAAAAAUUCAAUAGUUAACCUAAAUCUAAUUCCUUUUGUAUGUUAAAAGAAAUUUAAGUAGAUCGUGCAUAAUUCGCGCUAAAAGAUGGUAAAACUAUAUGCGCUGUCUGUUUUGUAUAAAAAUCCCACAUCAGCGACAAUGUUAAAAGCUGCUUAUGAUGUAGAGUCAUUUUCAUUUUUUCAAAGAGGAAGCAUCAAAGAGUUCAUGACAUUUAUAAGUAAGACUAUCGUGGAACGUACUCAGAGUUGCUCUAGACAGAGCGUGAAGGAAGGAGAUUACAUGUGUCACGUGUUUGUACGAGCGGAUAAUCUUGCUGCAGUACUUAUAUCGGACCAUGAAUAUCCUAGAAGAGUAGCACAUACACUAAUUACAAAAGUUAUGGACGAUUUUGUAGCAAAAUAUCCACAAUCUAUGUGGGAUACAUUGAGUGAAGCUAUGACUGACUUUGCACAGGUUAACAUAUAUUUAGCAAAAUAUCAAAACCCAAAUGAAGCAGAUGCUCUUACUAAAAUGCAAAAUGACUUAGACGAGACAAAGAUUAUUUUACACAAUACAUUAGAGGCUGUUCUUAAAAGAGGUGAGAAUUUGGAUGAAUUGGUUUCCAAGUCACAAGGUCUUAGCGCUCAGUCGAAAGCGUUUUACAAAACUGCACGUAAAACUAAUUCGUGUUGUAGUUUAACUCCUUAAAACUCUUUGUUGUGAAAAUCAUGCUGACUAUGUUUCAUUGUAAUUUUAUAAUAUCAAUACAGAGUGCAAAGAAAUUAGUUAGAAAUUACAUAUAGAUUUCAUUAAAAUGGAUAAUUUGUAAAUUCUACAUGUAGAUGGCAACAUGUGGCAAAAUUCGAUAUUUUGUGUACAGACUGUUUGUAUAUAAGGUGUAUUAAUGCACUUAAAUGGUGUAUCAAGCUACUGCCGGAUUCACUCAACUGAUUUUAAUACUUUUUAUUCGUUCUUAAUUAUUUUUUUUCUUUUUCUUUUUGUAAAAACCAACUUGGUCUUAGAAGAAUCGUACUAUAGUUUUGUGUAUAGGAAUACAUUCCGACUUUUAUUUAUAUGUUGACAAAAUAUACAAAAACGAUUAUAAAAAUAAAGUGAAUAUUUCUCUACUAAAGAUAAGUACAUGAUAUAAGUACUACUUUUAAAUUUUUUUAAGUGCCGAGAUGGGUUAUUACAAAAUGAAGCUUUGUAAACAGUUACCUUAGUGUUUAUUUAUAACGUAACGUAGCAUAAUAGUAAAAGAAAAAUAUUUUUGCUAUUAAAACUUUGUUUUUUUCUUUUUUAUCCCUUAUUGCCGUAUAUGUUCUUGUUAAUGACUUGUAAAAUUAAAUUGUUUUGUACUACUGUAAAAUGAAACAAUAAGUUGUAAUAUUGCGAACAUGAAACGACUUGAAGCGAUAAAAAGUGAAGUACUAUUUCAUGCAUUACUCGAUAAUUUCCAUAUAUGAGUUGUACCAACUUUAAAUAAUUAAAAUUCUAAUUUGUUUCUUUAUAAUUAUAUAUAUAUAUAUACAUGUUAUAUGUACUUAUAAAUGAAUAUAAUACGCAGGUAUAUAUAGCUAAAAUGUAUUUAAUGUAAUGCGUGUACAAGUGUAAACAAUUAUAUAUAUAUAUCUAUGUAAUUUUGAAAAUAUAUUUAUAUUUUUAACA